AUGACAACACCCAAGGAAGAAGAGGCUCUUCAAUCUGUCAAGGGUAAGGGGCCACCUCUGUCCAAGUUCUGGAGAGACAAGUACGAGAGAGAGGCGAGGAAGAGCUGGGACUUGUUCUACGGCCGUAACGGCGGGAAAUUCUUCAAGGACCGACACUAUCUGGGAAAGGUAUUUCCGGAGCUGGCUGAAACCGGCGCCGACUUGGAGUUGGCACAAAGGCUCGAAACAGCGGAAGGUUUUCGCAACGGCGAUGGCGGCGAGACCGUUCCCGAGAACGGUGCCCGGAGAAAGGCUCGUCGGCUGGGCAGAAGGACGCUGUUGGAGCUCGGUUGCGGCGUGGGCAACGCGGUGUUCCCUCUCCUUGAAGAGAACCGUGGACUUUACGUCAUCGCGGCAGACCUGUCCCCUAAAGGGAUCCAGGUGCUCAAGCAGCACCCCAAGUACAGCUGCGGGCGGUGCGAGGCCUUGGUGCUAGACGCUACCGCCGACGACCUCCCGCCCAGCGUGUUGGAAGACGGAGGCGUGGACAUGGUCCUGCUGCAGUUCAGCCUCUCGGCCGUAGCUCCCAAAGACAUGGCGACGGUGGCCAGGCUCGUCGAGACGGCGCUCAAGCCCGGGGGCAAGCUCCUCGUGCGUGACUACGGCAGGCAUGAUGAAGCGCAGCUACGGUUUGCGAAAGGACGGCGAUUGGGCGACAACGUCUACGUCCGACAGGACGGUACGACGAGCUACUUUUUUUCCUUGGAAGACCUGAGGCAGCUCUUCUGCGGCGGUUCCCCUUACGGUUCGGGACUUCGAGAUAGCAGCAGCAGCAGUAGCAGCAGCAGCACUUGUUCCGGCCAGAGCAACCGUGGGUGGUUUGACGGAGGGGCAAGCCUGGUCGAAGAAGAGCUGUCGUUCGUGAGGAGGCAGUACGCGAAUAGGGCGCAGAAGAUGGCGCGGAGGAGAGUGUGGGUGCACGGAAAAUUCCGAAAACCGAUCAACUCCAUGGCGGCACCGGUGUAA